CGGCCUUGAAAGUUUUACUUAAUAUUCGAACAAAUGACUUGUUUCGUUACCAUAUUUUGAAUGAGUGUCGAACGUAGUGUCCUGAAGAAGCGUCUAGAGCGCAGACUUGACCGUUUAACUAGAAGCUGUCAACAUGCAACUCAGGAGCUAUCAUUUCUUCUUAGAGAUUUCACGAAGUAUAUUGAGCGGCAUAUUGAUAAUUCCCCGUCGGAUUUUUCUACUAGUGAUAGGAUGUCAAAUAUGGUCUUAGUAUCCGAAAUAAUAAUUGAAGAUCUUUUUGAUCUAUUGUCUAAGUAUCACCAUGCAUCAGAGAACAUCCUGAAGACGUGCACGCAAGCGCAGCAACCAAUUGAUUCUUCAGAUAUCAGCUCACUGUGUAAUUAUGACCUCACCAAAGAUUCUGUUGGAAAGUGCUUGGAUCAACCGCUUGACGAAAAAUACUCCAUAGAACAUUUAUAUAGCCGUACGCGACUCCUUUACAUGCUAGAAACAAGCUUUGGAUUGCAGGAAGCCGGUCUUAUAUCUCAAAUUUCGUAUCUGAAAGGGAUAUGUACAACAAGGGGAGAAAUAUCACCAGAUAUCACCGAAGAAUAUUUAAGGGAGCUAGAAGUAGAAUGUACCAAAUUAGCCUCAGAAUUAGCUACUUUAAAUCAGCUGGAGGUUAUUCAAGUUCAAUCAAGAAAUAAAUUGGUUGAAAAGCAGAACCAAUUAAAACAUAUGAAUGAUGUUGAAGGGAUUCUUCGUCAAGAAAAUUCAUGGUUAAGAUUUUUGACAAAUAUAGUUGAUUUAGAACAUGAUUCUUGUAAACAAGCCUUAAAAGAAUUGAUUUCUAUUUCCCAAUCACUUCAUACUCUCAAGGAUUAUAGUGUUCAGCUUCUUGAGAAAUCAGCAAGCUUAUAUCAAUCAGACGAUCUGAUAGAAUGUGAUGAAUCAGUUAGGAAUGAUGUCUCAAAACAUUUCGAAGAUGCUGUUAUUCAUUUGCUACUAACCUCUCCAUUGCCACCUGAGCUUUCCGAAAAGCUUAAAACAACCGAAAAUCGUUCAGAAACCAUCCUUGAUAUUCUACGUUCUCUAAAAGCUAGGUUGGUAUCAUCCCAAGAUUCCAUUAAGAUUGAAUCAGAGAAACUGGAUAAAUAUAUACAGCAAAUUAUAUUCGUGUAUUUGCCAUUAGCUGUAAUCCAAGCAUACUCAGGUAAUUUAAUAAAAUAUCUCAUUUGUCUUUUCACAUUAUUUGUCCUCUUUAUUUUCUAGUGUAUAAAUGUACAUCUAUCAAACAGACUUAUUUCAACUGGUCAAUAAAUAAAACUACAUAUUGUGUUAUAAUAUCAUUAUAACUUUUUUUGAUAGAUUUGUCAUAAUAUUCUGAAAAUUAAAAGGAAGUAUUAUAUCUUGGGCGUUUUCCUUAGCUAUACGCCCUACUUAACUUUGAAGUGACUGUACCUGUUUUUGUCUAGUUGUAUUGUGGAGUAGUAGUCACGACAUUCUAUUACUAAAUGACGGAUUUGAAUUUUAUCCUACUUUUUAAAACAUGAUUGCCUAGGUCCGUAUCACUAAUCGUCCGACAAACGUAAUCCACAGUGUAUGACAUCUAACCGCACCCACUUCUAACAGUUGCUUUCAAAACUGUUUUAUCUCUCAAGGUGACACUCACUGUCUUAGUAUGUGUUUAGAAUUGGUCAAGUUUAAUACUCUGACAAAAUAGAAUAUGUUUAUAUUCACAUACUACCUACUGGUUAUUGCAACCCGCUUUUUCUAGUUACUCAAAGACACUUAAAUUUUAUUCAUUUAUUUGUUUUAACACAUUGAUAUUGG